AUGAAGAGGCGCCGCCUGUGCCCUCGCCAGACGCGGCUGGCAGCCGCCAAGGUGCGCUCCCGGACGCAGGAACUGCAGCUGAGGACCAUCCUUCGCUUGGUGCGCUGGUUGGGCUCGGGCUGCCUCCUGGACUGGAACCGCCAGGUCUUGGGCGAAACCCUCGCGGAGUACAUCGAGUCGGUCUACGACCGGGGAGGCUCCAAAUCGGCGGCGCAGCGAAUGGCGGCACUGCUCUGGGCGGAACCCGCAUUUCACAAGGCGGGGAUCCGCGAGGUGUUCCCACUGUCAUUCCAGACGCUCACGGGCCGGGGCGUGCCAGAGCCGUCCAAAUCCCAGCCGCCCGUGCCUUUCCUCGCGGCGCUGCCGGCUGCUGGCUGUGCCAAGCAGGGGGGCCUGUGA